AUGGAAAAUAAAAAAAUCGCAUUGGCAACAAUUAACGAUAUCGAAACGGACAAAAAUGUAGACGCACUAAGCAUGAUCACAAAAAUCGACCUGAAAUUAACGAAUGGGAAAAAUGGAAAUUCCACAAAAAUAAGAAACAUAAACUUUGAGGACUCACUAAGGAUGAAUGACGAACAGAUAAAAGUAAAAGAAGCUGUCUUCAUCCUGCACAACAUGGAAAACUUCAAUUAUUCAAUUAGUUACACGGAAGUUCAAGACAUAAGAAAUGAUUUAAGACUGUUUGCCAUUAAUAAUUAUCAUGAAAAGAAGUACACAGAUUGUUUGAUACAAUCUAUUCACUCAUACAUGAUAGCAAAAAAAUAUUAUUCGAAAUAUUUUGGCUUCUACAUCACGGGAGACAUGAGUACAGAGUUAAUUUUAAUAUGCAAGUGCUACGUAUUAGUGGAAAAAUAUUCCGAAGGAAAAAAAUAUUUACAUGAAUUAAAAUUUUUAAUUGAUAAUACGCUCUUUUAUAUACACAAAAAGGGGAUCCUUGAUGACGAGCAACAGAAGAAGGUAGAACAGGUCAACAAUGCCAGUAGGGCCAAAAAUUUAGAUUCCAACUAUGAAGAACCAGUUAUUCUUUGUGGAACGGAGGUUUUGUCAAACAUACUCUACAUUUUUGCAGAUCUAUUAAGUUUAUAUAAACAAAAUGAAGAAGCAGAAAGUUACUACUUGAAAUAUCUUUUUAUGAUAGAAAAAUGUUUCAAGGCGGAUAGCCUAAAUUAUAGCGAUGCGCUAAAUGAUGUUUGCUCCUACUAUAUAAAAAUUAGGGACUACUCCAAAGCUUUACCACUUUGUGAACAGAUUCUCGAAAUAAGAAAAAAAUUCUUUGGUGAUUACAAUUCCGAAAAUCCAAAUGAAGUAAUUGCUGACUGUUACUGCAACUGGGGGCUGCUUCUUCGAUUAUCAGGAAAUACCAUGGAAUCCCUACACAAGUACCUAAUCGCAGUUGAUAUGAGAAUGAGGAUCCAUAAAACAAGACAAACUAUCCAAGUGCAGGACAUUCUACUUUCCUUCGCCAUUCUCAUGCAACAACUAAACAACUUCAGAAUGUCCCUACAGCUGUACAAGGAGGUUUAUUCCUUUUACAAAAGUUACUACGGUCCAGAUGAUAUGAACACGAAAGUAGUUUUCAAAUUAAUUCAAGAAUUAGAAAAGGAUAUCAUGAAAGAAAACACCAAGGGUGAAAAAAAACUAUCAUUCCCCGAUGUGGAAAAUUGCUUGGCAACCAUGAAUGACAAACUGAGGAGAGACAAUAAAGUGGAAAAAAAUUGGAAGGGCUUUAACAGUAAAUUGCAGAAUAUUUCCAAAAAGUCAGACGUGGAUCCAAGCCUGAUUGAGGAUCUAAUGAAUGAACGAGUUUUAAUCAACACGAAAAAUAUGCCCUCUAAAAAUUUAAGUAAUAAAAAAACGUUUAUAUCAAUGGAAGGAAAAUUAAAAUAUAAUGAUUUAAACUACUCAAGUAUUGAUACAUAUAAACACAUGCAAUCAAAUAAACAGUUCGAAAUUUUUAAGAGCUCAUUUUUUAAUAUUUCCUCCAUUAACAGAAUUAAAUCUUUAUAUGCGGACUCAUGGAAAAGUACCCUAAUUCCGUCUACUUAUAUAUUACCCUUUGUUGAAACCAAGUUAGUUGACAAUAAUUUGGUGAAAUAUGCCCAGUGCAAAGAUUUUCAAAAUGCUAUUAUUUACAAGAGGAAAAUUCUACCCAUAGUUAACAUACCCCUAAUAGAAAGAGGAUAUGUGAAACUGGAAAACGAUCAACCUAUUAUGAUUUGCAACGAUGAUGCUAAGGUUCUUCUUAGCGAAUGGAAUAUUAAAGAACCAUUUGUAGAUUCCAAGGGGAAAGUAAUUAGCAAAUAUGAAGAUCUAGACAACGAAUUUAAUAUGUUCAUAUCCAUUUUAGAUGAAAAUAAUGAAGUUAUGCUUGGUUUUUAUAACAACCCUUUGCUUGUACCAAACCCUGCCAUACAUCACUGCCUCAUUUUGGGAGACCCAUACUAUUUUCACAGAUACAAUCAAGUUAAUAAUUUGUACUCCUUCGACAAUUUAAAUAUGUUAAAUAAGAAAAAUUUCAACAAGAAAUUCUUUCGACCCGCUAAGAUAAACCGUUUCAACUUUAAUGCAAAUAAUAACAAUUUACAUGAUUCUAAGAAAUAUGGGAAAAUAAGAAUUGGGAGCAAGAAACCCUUCGGAUUCAGGGACAAAAAUAACUCUUUCCAAACUGUGCCGCAAAAAAACACGGGAGGGAAAAGUAGCACAAAUGGUGAAGAGACGAAUAAAGAGGGGGACGCUAAGCCAGAUGAACCGCUGAACAUAAGCAAGCCCAAGGAUCUCGUGAAGGGGAAAAACUUAGUAAGGGAACAAUCGGAAGCGAAAUCGAAGAAGGAUGAAUCGGAGGGGGAGGCACCGAAAGAGGAAAAAAAAGGGGAAACAGCCGACGAAAAGAGCGAAGUAAAAAAGGACGAUAAGGACGACAAAAAAGACGAUAAAAAGGAUGACCAAAAGGAUGGCCAAAAGGGUGACAAGAAGGGUGACAAACAGGAUGACCAUAAGGAUAACAAGAACAGCUACGUAAGGAGCGACAAAAAGGAAUCAAGGAGGGAAUCACGCAGAGAAUCGCGCAGUGAAUCGCGCAGGGAAACCAUGAGCCAGACGCAGGAACAACCAAAGAGCAGUGCCAAAAGUGAACUGGAUGAACUGAACGAGCUCAUGAAGAAAAUGAAGUCUAAAGAGGAAAGAGAAGUCAAAAAAACGUCAAAAAUCUUUAGUGAUCAUAAAAAAGUACCAAAAAAAAAUGUAUCAAUUAAGAAAGUGCACAUUCUAAAGAGCAAUAGUAAUAAUAAUAAUUCCUCCACCAUAUUUUCAAAAGAAAAGUAUGCAUUAAAGAGUACAGGCAAAUUGAGCAAUUUAUUUCCAAGGCCUAGAGAAAAAAUAAAGUUAAUUGGGUAUAGCAAUUCAAACCAACACGAUAAAUUAGAAAGAACAUUAAGAAAAAUUAGAUUAAAUAAGGAACCCAUCCUGAAGGCAUCUAUUGAUCAUAAUAUCAGAAUGGAUCUUCAAAGUAACAUGAACAGCAUGGAACAACACGACAUAGACAAUUUGAAGAGAGAAAUAUAUUAUGAAAAUGCACAGUCCAAUAGUUACACCAAUUCGGAUGAUUCUUCUUCAGGAAAUGACAGCGAAAGGCUCUCUAGCUAUAAGAAAUAUCAUAAGUACAAAAGAAAGGAGGGGAAAUCGUCAACCAAGCUUUCUAAAGGAAGUACUAGUAUUGGCGCAGACAGCAACUCUCUUAACGAAAGUGAUGAUCAUGUGGAAAGUCCCAGUGACUUCACCGCAGGUAGUAGUAACCAAAGCGCCAGCCAUAGAAAGGGGAGUCAUUACCGUAAGACAUUUUACAUGGAAGACUGCGAAAAUGAUGAUGAUGAUGAUGAAGACAUUAUCGAUAUAUGUAAAAUUCUUGAUGUUAACCAGUCAUACGAAAAUUCAAGUCAGUACUCUAAUGCGAAUUCAUUAACAGGUAAAAAAGGGAGUCAGGAAGGAAGCAUAUCAAGUUAUGGCAUCAACUAUGGGAAUAAUCGAGCUCGACAACGAAGCGACAAAAGUAAUAGACCCGUCAUUUCUGAGAAGAACAGCGUUAGUGAAAUGUUCUCCUCUAACGGUAGUGACAAGUCGAAUGGACACACAAUAUACGAAAAGGAUGGUAAAAAAAAAUGUGCGGAUUUGGGGGACGACCCAAGCGGAGCACCAAACAUCCUCAGUAAAAGCAAUAUAUUCCACAUCAAGGACAAAAUAAAAGACAUAAAAAACGUAAACAAGAGUGACAUUUUGUUUAAAUUUAGAUUUAAUCAUGAAGGUUCAUUAAGUAACGAAAAUGUAUUUUCCGAUAGCGACAUAAGUCAGAGCGAAUUGUAUGCAAAUCCCUUUGGAAGUGCACAGGGCACCGCUACCAAGUGGCAAUCGAAUGGCAGUGAAACUACGGGAGAUGGACACUCUUCAGAAUAUUCAUCUUUCCAUAAGAAAAACAAACAAGUAGGAGGCUCACCAAACGAUGAAGAUAAUAAAAUAAACACCCCCUAUGCUCAGGAAAAUUUAUUUGUCAAUAAUAACAAAAAAGGAUUCCUUAAAGAUAACGAACAUAACGGGGUGAACAAAACCAGAGAAGAAAUUGUCCUCAGUGAGAACGAAGAAUUUUAUGAGGAAAUAAUUUUCAAAGAGGAAAAGAUAGAUGCAGAAGAUACAGAAAUUGCAGAUAGGUCUGAAACUGAAAAGAGUGAUCAUAUGACAUACAAGAAUGGUGAAGAGAAUUCAAAUGUGAGUUAUCAAAACGGGUACUUUAGUAAAAUUUAUCAGGAUAACCAACCAUACCAGCAAGAUGAACAAACGUCUUCACAGUGGCAAGAAAACGAACUAGCUUCUAUGGAUAAAGAAAGCUUCACAGAUAAUUUAUACUUGAGAAGUAACUCCAUAGAAGAACUAGAUUCUAAUUUGAUUACCCACAAGUACAGAAGCAAUAAUACAGAAAAGGAGCCCUCAAAGGAGGAGUCCUUAAACAGAAGGAAUAACAUCCCAACUGAUUUGUUAAAUCACGAAAUGGAUAACACACCCAUCACCAAGUCGUACAAAAAAAGAAAAGGAAAAAAAUCCUCAUCAAAUAAUAAACACCUGCCUGAGAACGAAGCAGACAUAUCGUUAAGCAAUUACCAUGAUGCGUAUUCAAGCAAAAAUGAUAGUGUAAAUAUAGUGUAUUACCGCCCCCAUGAUGAUAACAAGCACACUAAAAGGGAAAAUACGAAUGACAAGCAUGUCAUAGAAACAGAAUUAUGCUCCAAUUUAUCCAAUAGCAGUGUACACAGCAUACGUGCCGUUCAUAGUGAUAAUAACGUCACCCAAGAAUGUGACAUAAAUUAUGAUUACUCAUUUUAUUCAAACGUAGGAAGCGAUGAUAAUGACAAUAUCAUGAAGGGAAAGAAAAAAAAAAAAACGACAAACUUCCUACACCCCAAUAAAGGAACAAAAUUUUCUAAACUGAUUUCUUUUUUCUCAAAAAAGAAGAAAAAAAAGGAACUCGCAAAAUCGAGUACGUCCAGUGGUGAAUCCGCCCCCAGCAAACAUUCCCCAUUGAAUGAAGAAGAUAAAGAUACGCUUUUCCCAAGCAACCCCUUCAGUGAUAUAUCAAUAGACAAAAAAAACGAGAAGGAUGUCAGUCUAACAAAUAAUGCCAAACUAAGGAACGGAAAAAAACGCCUUUUUGUGUCAGAACCGCUACACGGAAUGGACAAACCGAAGCUCGGCAUCAAAUCGAAGGGAUUGGGGUUAAAAAAAAUGUUAAUGAUGAAAAAGGGGAUUUUUAGCAAGAAAAGUGCCAUUGAGAAGAAGGAAUCGAUGUCCAAGGAUAACGAGGUGGACGCGUUGGAAGAAAAGGGGAAGGCACCCCUGGUUAAGGAGUCACCCAAAGGAGAUGCAGGCAGUGGUGAGGCGGGCAAUGCGAGCGAUGCGUCUGAAACGUCCAAAUUGUCUGAAGCCUCCAAAGCACCUGAACCCUCUGGCGAAGCAAACACUAAGGACCAAGCCAGCGAAGAAGCGGACCUUAAAGAAAACCCCACCAAAGAAACAGAAAACAACAACAAAUCUGUGACGAAAAAAAGCUCAAAAGAAAUCACCAGUGAUGAAGAACCAAACGAAAAAAAAAACGAAGCGUCUGAAAAGGUGGAAAAUAAAUUCCCGAAGAAAAUGAACCCGCUAAGUGUUCCCAAAAAAAUAAUGGUAAAAAAAAUAGUGCCAAAAAUAGCUCCCCAAAUUGUGGUAAAUAAAGAAAUUAUUAUAAAAGACAAAAGUACUAUCAAAAAAAGCGUGGACAUUAAGUAUGAAGUAAGAACAGUGAAAAACAUAAAUGACAAACUAGCAUUCGAUGUUUUGAGAAAAGUCAAAUAUUGCAAGAUUGGAUUUGAACCGGAUGAGACCUUGGGCACCCUCCCCACAGUUCAUUUACUAAAUGAAGAUAAAAUUCUUCUAGCUAUCGUUCCCUGGCAGCUGGACCUAACUUCCUUUUCGUUGGCAAAAUCAUCAAUCGAAGAAGAAACUAUCAAAAAAAUAGGAUUAAUGCAUAGAAAAUUCGACUUAUCCAUUGAAGAAAGGAAAAAUCAAGUACUAAAUGAGAAUCGCCUCUUAACAGGAGAAGGGCUAAAGGAACUCGGUUUCAUCUCCACACCUAGUAAAGCGGCUGCUCCUAGCAUAAACCUCCUCGAGGGAAUAGAUAUGAAUGCGCUAAAAAAUGCCUACAAAAUAGAGAAAAAAAGUGAACCAAAGGAAAAAACACCCACACUGAAAAAAGAAGCACCAAAAAUGGCGCCGAAAGAAAAAGGAGGCAAAAAAGGAGGACCCAAAUUUAUGAAGGGACCUCCAAAAGGAGUGAAAGGAGGACCUGUUAUAGGAAAGGGAAAGGGUAAAAUAUCCAAAAUGAAGCAAGCAAAGGAUGAAGGAAAAACCAAGAGAUUUUUCUGGGAAGCCCUAUUCGAAGAAGACAUUCCAGGAACGUUAUUUGAAGACAAAAAGGAAUUAAUAUCCAAGAUAGCCAUAGAAAAAGAAAGUGUAGAGAAAUCAUUUGCCAAAGCUGUUAGUAAAAAGGAAGAAGGAACAGAACUCAAAAUUAAAAAACCAAAAGUUAUUCAACUAUUGCCUGAUUCCAAGAGAGAAUACAAUAUGUCCAUUGCCCUAUCCAAAUUUAAUAAUUACACAUUUAAAGAAAUAAGGGAUGCUAUCAUGGACCUAAAUCCAAAAAUACUUAACAUUGACAAUACAGAAGUUUUAAUGCAGUAUGUACCCACGGCAGAAGAAUUCGAAAUCGUUAAGGAGUACAUACUCUCAAAUGGUGACUUGAACUUAGUUGACAAGCCAGAACAGUAUGUUGCCGCACUUAUGGGAGUGCCCCUACUAAAGCAGAGACUGGAGUCCCAUUAUUUCGCUCUAUCGUUUAAAGAAAAUUACGAAAAUACCUUAACUCCGCUGGAAAAUAUACUAGAAUCAUGCGAAGCGGUAAAAAAUUCUACAAAACUUUUCACCAUUUUGUUUACCAUAUUAAAUGUGGGUAACACAUUAAACUAUGGAGAUCCUCAAAGGGGAAAUGCCUUUGGCUUUAAACUAACAACGUUGGCUAAACUAAAUGAUAUACGAUCAACCACCAAGCCGGUUAAAACGCUUCUUCAAUAUAUUUGCGAAAUUAUCUGUCAAAAGAGUGCAGACACUUUAGAAAUUAUUGAAGAGUUGAGAUCCAUCGAAAAAGUUACCAAAACGGACAAACAGAUAAUCGAUUCUGUUUUGCAGAAACUAAAAUUGGGAUCUAAUAAAAUUAAAAACGUCUUAGAUCUAGCUAAAAAGAAUCCAGAUGAUCCAUUAUAUGAAGCACUCAAAGAAUUUUACUUCAGUGUAGAACCCAAAAUUGAAGAAUUAGAUAUUUUUUACAAUCAAACCUUUGCUGUGUUUAAAGAAAUUGCUCUCUACUUAGGCUAUAAAGAAAAAGAAGUUGCCAACAUACAAGUACAAGAUUUUUUUAAAGAAUUGUGGAAAUUCAUCCAGUCAAUUGAAUUUAACAGAAAAACAAUUAACGAGACUACUCUCAAGGAGCUCAAGAAAAAAGAAAAGGAACUGGAAAAUGUCAAAAAGGGAGCCGUCCUCAGUAAAAAACAAAAUUUCACCAUCGUUAAGAAGCAAGAGAAGGAGCCAAAAACGCAGCUGGAAAAAAAAACGUUCAAGAUAUUUUAA